AUGGCCACCACCAACGGGACACUGCCUCAUCAUGGGGAUAGUUCCUCCGAAGCCCCUCAACCUGCGCCCACCUCCGCCGAUUCGCAACGCAUCGAAGACCUCGCCGAACAUUUUGACCUCUCCUCCCUCUCUGCUUCUACCCUAGCCAUCCACGCAGAUGACCCUCUCAACGUCGUCCACGAUGUCGCUCCUCCCAUUCAUGUCUCCACUACCUUUCGUUAUGACAAAGACCCGUCACAACUGCGCCCAUACCAUGAACGACCAGAACCCAUCUUUGCACCCACCGAACACAACUACUCCCGCCACACGACACACAGUACAUCUCGCUUGGAGACGAUCCUGGCUGUGCUGCUGAAAAACCCUUGCUUGACGUAUUCCUCUGGGCUUGCGGCGUUCAAUGCAUUGAUAACAUUCCUGAAUCCGAAGAGAGUGGCUAUAGGCGCAGGGUACCACGGAUGUCACGGCGUGUUGAGACUCCACCAGCGACUUUCUGGCCUGCAGCUCCUACCGCUGGACUGCAAGCCGGAGGAUCUGCAAGAGGGGGACCUUUUGCACUUGGAAACGCCGGUGAACCCGACAGGACUGGCAUUCGACAUACAGCAUUACGCGGACAUUGCGCAUUCACGAGGUGCAUACCUCAGUGUCGAUUCCACAUUUGCGCCGCCGCCCCUGCAGGAUCCCUUCAAGCACGGUGCAGACAUCGUCAUGCAUUCGGGCACCAAGUACAUUGGAGGUCACUCAGACAUGCUCUGUGGUGUCUUGGCGGUCAAACAGAAGGAGUGGAUCCCCAAGAUGCUGCAAGAUCGAGUGUAUCUGGGUUCCGUGAUGGGUGGUUUGGAAGGUUGGCUGGGUGUGCGGAGUAUUCGGACACUGGAGCUGCGAGUCAUGAAGCAGAGUGAAACAGCGAGAAGGAUAGUCGAUGCCCUCGAUGGCGCUCUGACAGGCCACACGGUCGGCACGGGCCUGUCUCUCUCCGAUGCAGAGAUCAUCAAGUCCGUCGUCAAACAGGUGCAUCAUGCGAGCCUGCAGACCAAAGACUACAAGACUUGGCUGAAGAAACAAAUGCCCAACGGCUAUGGCCCAGUAUUUUCUAUCGUCUUGAAAUCUCCAGAUUUCGCCAGAGCAUUGCCUAGCAAGCUCCAUCUCUUCCACCACGCGACCAGUUUAGGUGGGAUUGAGAGUUUGAUUGAGUGGAGGACAAUGACCGACUCAACCGUGGAGAAGGAUCUUCUGAGGGUCAGUGUCGGCAUCGAAGACGAGAAGGAUCUGCUCGACGACCUGAUCCAGGGCUUCAAGGCGCUCAAUGCGAUCAAUGCGAUCAAUGGAACGUCCAGCUAG